AUGACCGCAGCCUUGAGGCUUGCGAGAGGCGCUCCAGCACGAGAGGGCGCUAGUAGAUCACUUGCGGUGGAGAAUGGACUACCGCCAGAGCCGAUACGCUCUCAUGGUGGCGGAGUUGGAGCACAAGAAUUGCAGCACGAAUCCAGUCAAGGAUCCCGUAUCUCCUCCCGUGAAUACUCCCACAGUGCCUCUACACCGGUGACGGGUAAGCGACCUCGGCGCUCAUCGGCCAAGACGACCGCUAAGGUCUCUAAGUCUACCAAGUCAAGUGCGACCAGAACUCCCGCUUCGCCAACUCAUAAGUCAGAGACCUUCCGUGAUCUACCUUCGGCUUCUUCUUCUGACCCAGACGACGACACGGCAAGCGACGACAGCGAGGCGCUAUCUAAGCCGCUUAUUUUUGCACAACCUGUUGCUCCUCCGGGUCCAGCAGUGUUCCAUCCCAUUUUCGGAUCUUCUGACUCAGAUGCCGAGUCGGUUUCGGAAAAAAAGACCCCCGGCACAGUUGUGAAGGCGGACUCCGCCCCAGGUGGGUCACCUACACUUCCGAAAGGAAACUUCAUCCCUGGGUAUAUGCAGGUGAAAGCGUUCACUGCUGCGGAGGUAGCACCUUGCUCGGUUGACCUGGUCAACUCGUUGAUUAUCGUGACGAUGACCCCUAGCGGCUUAAUCGACCGCCUGGAGCUGCCUUGGGGCUGGUUCGGUCCGCCAAACGGGAAAGGUUGA